GUCGCCUCAUCGUAUAUGAAACACGGGGAUACACAGGCCUCAAUUUCCGCGGCGGCUCCUCCCCACUGCUCUUGCAUGCGCGCGUCCGACAUGUGCUUCACUGGCUCGUAGGGCUAACAAUCACAAACUCGGUCGCUGCGUCACCCGCCUGGUGAUACCCUCGCCGCCCUCCCAUCGGCCCCCUCUCUACACCUGCGCCUCGCCCGUGGCCCUGCCAACAUGUCCUCAGUGGGGAAUCCCGACAAUGUGCGAGACGUGGCCGAAUCUGUGGGCAUCGCCUCACUCGCCGACAACGUCGUGGAAGAGCUAGCGCGCGACGUCGACUUCCGCCUGGCCCAGGUCCUGGAGGAGGCGCUCAAGUUUAUGCGACACGGGAAGCGGACAACGCUGAGCACACAGGACGUAUCCAAUGCCCUAAAGGUGCUCAAUGUGGAGCCUCUCUACGGCUACGAAUCUACCCGACCGUUGCGCUUCGGCGAGGCUUCGCUGGGGCCCGGCCAGCCCUUGUACUAUGUCGAGGACGAAGAGGUCGAUUUCGAGAAGCUCAUCAACGCCCCCUUGCCCAAGGUGCCACGGGAAAUCACCUUUACAGCCCACUGGCUCGCCGUAGAGGGUGUCCAGCCCUCCAUUCCCCAGAAUCCCAACACCAACACAGCCGACCUGUUACCCAAGGGCCCCAACGCAAACCCGCACCUGGCUGCCGCCAACGGGCUCGACAACGUCAAUGUCAAGCCCCUCGUCAAGCAUGUGCUGUCCAAGGAAUCACAGGAGCUGUUCAACAAGCUGUCGGGCGCCCUUGUCGACGAGACCAACAUUGAGUGGCAGAAUGCAGCACUGGCUGCAAUCUCGACCGAGCCCGGCAUACAUCAGCUGACAACAUACCUCUUGAGCUUCAUAGCCGAGAAGGUUACACAUAAUAUGAAGAACCUGUUCAUCCUCAGCCAAAUGAUGCGCGCUUCCGAAGCCCUGUUAAAUAACCAGGCCAUUUACCUCGACCCCUAUGUCGCAUACAUGGUCCCACCCAUCCUGACGUGCUGCAUUGGCGGAAAGCUGGGGCCAGCAAACCAGCAGGUGCCGUCCAACGCCUCAUCAGAAACGCUGAGCGGCGCAGCGCCCGACUACAGCCGCGCUGCUUCAGACGCCUUUUACCUGCGGACCUUUGCAGCACACCUGCUGAGAAACAUUUGCAGGAAGCACGGCUCAUCAAACCAAGGGCUGAAGUCCAGGAUUGCCCGCACAUGCCUGAAGCAAUUCAUGGACCCCGACAAAACAGUCGGUGCACAUUUCGGCGCACUCCAAGCCCUGCUUCUUGUCCUAGGCCCUUCGGAUGCGCUUCGAGGAUUAAUCCUACCCAACCUUAAAAUGUACAAUGACGAUUUCCUAUCAAAGAAGCUGGCCGACGAGAGCACUCGCCACGAUGCCGAGAUUUUGCUUGAAGUACUUGUCGGUUCCUUCCCCGCCCUCGUCCCAAAAGUUAUCAGAGAAAAGGCCGAAAAGGCCAAGCGUGAGGGAACACACGAAGCACCUAAUCUCGACGACGUGCGAGCGAGACUGAUCGACAAGGUCGGCGACUUGGUAGCUGGACGUCUGAUUAGUAAGAAGAUGGACCUGGAAGUGCAUGAAAUUCUGAGCAAAGACUUUGAUAUUUGAAAAUAC